GAUAUAAUUCAGAAAUAUCUACUGUAUGUCUACAUUUGAUGUACGGCGUAGGUUUUUUUGAAAACGAUCAAAUAAUCGUAUAUAUCUAUUGAAUAGAUGGCUAUUAUCCCUUUGUUAUCGAUACGACCUUGUCGUACACCAGCUGCAGCUGCCGCCGUUGUCAACGGCGUUCAGUGUGUCACAGUUUCUUGUACACGUUCUAUGCGUUUGCUCCUUUCGUGUUUUUCAGCAUUUAUUAUUUGCUCGACAUUAUUUAAAAUAUAAUCAAUUAUUAUUACUCUAUGUUUAAAAGGCAACGGCGUUCAGUGUGUUCGUUCAGUGUGUCACAGUUACUUGUACACGUUCUAUGUGUUUGCUCCGUUCAUGUGUUUUUCAGCAUUUAUUAUUUGUUUGACAUUAUUUAAAAUAUAAUCAAUUAUUAUCACUCUGUGUUUUAAUUUUUACAAGUGUUUUAAACACUAUAUUAUUUUUCAUCUCGUUUUUAUUUCAAACAUUUUAAAUAUGUUCAACUGCGAUCAGUGUCCGUCGGUGUUCGCACGUAAAGACGGUUUGGUUAAACAUGAAAUAACUCAUGCGGGCAUACGUUUUCCGUGUACCGUAUGUACAUCGACAUUCAACUAUAAAUCGCAUGUCAAUAGACAUCUGAAAAAUAUUCAUGGUAUCGUCAACGUUCCGACCCACCUCAGACCAAUGCCUGCUGCACCGAUCAUUACACAACCGGUAGAGCAAAGAAUCGUUCAGGUUGCUCCAGCUCAAGUUCAGAUUGCACCCCAAAUAUUUGUUCCUGAUGUCCCGGCCGGUGGCUCGAACAUGUUAACCGAAGACGAAAUGUGUAUGGAAGCCAUGGACGAAUUUGAGGAUACAGAUUCUUACACCGUUACCGUCAACGGUAAACGCGUUUCUACGGCCAAUACCGCCUCGGCUGCUAACGUUAAAAGGGUUAGGUUGAAUCUCGUUAAGGCUCCAGGGUUUGUAGAAAUUUUGUCGUCCGCAAAUAGAAAAAUAGUUUGGUACUAUGCUAAAAAUAUCGGCAAUACAACGAUUUAUUCCGACUUUAUCCGACCCCUCAUGCCUGAACUAGUCAUUUUAUUAAAGACCUCCGUACAAAAACAUACUAUUAAAUUCAACCUGAAGCUCGAAGCUACGUACAACCGGCCCAACGUCCCUAAUUCGUCGGAGAACCGGGCAUUUAAAACAGUGGCGACAGAAAUUUACCCUGACAGCGAUAUAAGAACUAUUGUAGAGAGAGCGUAUAUGAAGUUGGUUCAGGAGAAAGAUGAUUACAUCGGGAGGGGUAGUGGAUUUACACUGGAGUCGAUCGAUGGGCUGUUGUUGGCCGUGUAUAAAUAUACACCGAUGGGCGGCUCGUCGUAUAUUAAACUACCGGAAUAUAUAGAUAGAAAACGGGGGACCAUCAACCCACAAAACACGGAUCAGGAGUGCUUCAAGUGGGCGAUUUUGGCGAGGCUUGUAGCCGAAAAAUUAUCUGAUAGAUAUAAAUAUUUUGUCGGAGAAAAUUAUAAAAAGCAUGAGAAAAAUUAUAAUUUUAACAGUAUAUCGUUCCCGACACCACUAUCAGACAUCGCCAAAUUUGAAAAAAAUAAUAAUAACGUCUCUAUAAAUGUAUACGGCCUCGACAAAAAAUUCCAGGCACCCCGUAAGUACCCAACGUACGAAGUGUAUCCGUUACGUGUGGUCGACGAAGAAAAAAAGGAUCAUUUCGACCUGUUGUUGGUGACGGACGGCGAAAAUAAAUCGCACUAUGUUUACAUUUCGAAUUUUUCACGGCUCAUACGUGCGCAGAAAACGAGACACAAUGGCAGUGUCAUUUUUUGUAAAAGGUGCUUCACCAGCUUUGACAACCAAAAUUUAAAAUUCAAGUUGAGCGGACAGGAGGCCCUGGACCAACAUAAAUUGAUUUGUGGGGCGCACAAGCCAAUAUUACCGGAGAUGCCGAAGGAGGGUGAUUGUGUUGAAUUCAGGGCGUGGAAAAACACGGUUAGGCACCCGUUUGUCAUUUACGCGGAUUUCGAGGCGAUCUUGACGAAGGCGGAGGAGAAAAAAGGGGGGAACACAACAAUUAUUCAAAAUCAUGAGCCGAUGAGUUAUACAUUUUUUGUGAAGGCGAGCGAUGACGUACCGGCAGAAUUAUUGGUUCAACACGAGAUACCGGCGGGGCCGGUAAAACAUAGAGGGAGCGAAAACAGGACGGACGUGGCGAGACAUUUUGUGGAGACGAUAGUUGAUGUGGCCCGGAAAAUUGAAGGUCUGAUGAAGACGAAUAUACCUAUAACCAUUACUGAGGACGAAGAAAAAACACAUAAAGAGUGUAAUGCGUGUAACUUAUGCAAAUGCAUAUUAGCCGGGGGCGGUAAGGUUAGGGAUCAUGAUCAUUUAACGGGUAAAUUUAGGCAGACCUUGUGCUCUAGGUGUAACUUAGAGUUACAACAGCCUAAAUUUGUCCCUGUCUUUUUUCAUAAUCUCUCAAACUACGACUCGCACUUCAUAAUCACUGAACUUGGGUAUGAUACACAGGCGAUCAACGUUAUACCGAACAGUGAGGAGAAAUUUAUAUCUUUCUCGAAAUAUAUAAGUAGUACCUUCACUGUUCGGUUUAUCGACACGUUUCGGUUCAUGGCGUCGAGUCUGUCGUCCCUGGCCGAAAAUUUAGUUACACCCGAACAUGAGAACUUCCGUGAGACAGCCAAACAUUUUGUCGCCGGAGAUAUGCCGCUCGUGACUCGUAAGGGGGUGUACCCGUACGAGUACACGGAUAGUUGGGAGCGGCUGGAGGAGACGAGGUUACCGAGGAAAAGAGAAUUUUAUAGUACGUUGACAGAGACCGGGAUUAAGGAGGAAGACUUUGAGCACGCGAAGUUGGUUUGGGACCACUUUGGCUGUACGACGUUGGGCGAGUAUUCAGACCUGUAUCUCAAAAUCGAUGUAUUGCUGUUGGCUGAUGUGUUCGAAAACUUCCGCGACGUGUGCAUGAGGGCAUACAACCUGGACGCCGCCCAUUAUUUCACCGCCCCUGGACUUAGUUUCGAUGCGAUGCUUAAGUUCACGGGGCAAAAGCUGCAGUUGCUGGACGAUUACGACAUGUUGUUGAUGUUCGAGAAUGGUAUACGUGGUGGAUUGGUUCAAGCGAGCAAACGAUAUGCGAAGGCGAAUAAUGCAAAGACCCCGGGGUAUGAUGAGACAAAAGAGAAAUCGUGGAUAGUGUAUCAGGACUGUAACAACUUGUACGGGUGGGCAAUGUCCCAGUACAUGCCGUACGGUGGGUUCAACUGGGUCGAACCUACAUUAAACGGACUUGAUGAUUUGAACGACACAUCACCCAUAGGGCGAGUGUAUGAGGUGGAUGUAACAUACCCACAAAAAUUACAUGAUAAGCAUAACGACCUGCCUUUCCUGCCGCAAAACAGCGUGCCUCGAGGGUCGAAGGUGAGGAAGUUGAUGGCGACAUUUGAGAAAAAGGAGAAUUACAUCAUACAUUAUAGGAACCUACAGCAGGCCAUUAAGAAUGGUUUGAUAGUUGAAAAAGUACACAGAGUUAUUCAGUUUAGCCAGUCGGAUUGGUUGGCUAAAUAUAUUAAGUUAAACACAGAGAUGAGGAAGAAGGCUAAGAACGAUUUUGAGAAAGACUUUUUUAAGCUGAUGAACAAUGCUGUAUUUGGUAAAACAAUGCAAUCGAAGAGGAAAGAGAUGAAGAUGGAGUUGGUGUCGUGUGAGAGGAGGUUGCAGAAACUGAUUAACAAGUGUACAUUCAAACACUGUACCAAUUAUAAUGAAAACCUAAACGCUGUCGCUUUAGAGAAUACAAUUAUUAGAUUCGAUAAACCUAUAUAUAUUGGAUUUGCAGUACUAGACAUAUCAAAAACAAUGAUGUAUGACUAUCAUUACAAUGUAAUGAAGAAACACUAUGGCCCUAGAUUAACUCUUAUGUAUACUGACACAGAUUCACUAGUGUAUCACAUUCAAACGGAUGACUUCUACAAAGACUUGGCGGCUAACAGUAGCUUGUUGGACCGGAUGGAUACUGGCAACCUACCCAGUGACCAUCCGUGCCAUGUGAUAGAAAGAAAGAAGUCCCCAGGAUACUUUUCUGAUGAAGUGGAUGGUGAUAUAAUUACUGAAUUCUGUGGAUUGAGAGCCAAGUCAUAUGCUUUCAAUGUGUAUGCCGGACCGGAGGAAAGAGUUUGUGGUGAAAAAAUCAAAGCGAAGGGGAUAAGAGGUCAUGUGGUUAAAAACCACAUGACUCUUGAAGAUCAUAGGAAGUGUUUGUUUGAAGAAGAUGGAUUGGAAUUAUAUACAGAGAAUGUAUCGAUAAGAUCAUUCAACCACCAACUGAUGACGAUAAAAACAAAGAAAUUAACGUAUAACAGCUAUGAUGACAAGAGGGUGGUGCUAGAGGAUAAAAUACAUACAUUAGCACAUGGACAUUAUAGUAUAGAGGAAGAUGAACCCGAGGAUGAAUGGCCUGAACUCGACUAUGAGGUAGAUGACAGAGGGCGACGAUUGAGUAAACUGGAUAAAGAGUUUAUGAGGGAGCUUCUUUGUUACACAACUAAAUAGUUUUAUUUCAGAAACUUAACUUAUUUUUUUGUUAUAUAGUUUUAUUGUUUUGUUAUAUAUUGAUUAUUGUAAAUAACUUGUAAAUAUUAUCCUAUUAAUUGUUAUAUAAUGUAAAUACUUGAUAAUAGAUUAUUGUGUAAUUUGUAAAUAUUUUUGUAAAAUAUUAGAUUAGUGUAUAAAUUUGUAGUAUUAACACCUUUAUAAUGUAUACUUUGUAUGUAAAUGUAUAAUUUUUAUAUUGUAUAAUUUGUAAAUACUCUAUACCGUAUCAGUAUGCUUUUGCUAGAUAUGUAAGAUAGUUUACAAUGUUUUCUUGUAAUAUUUUUUUUUUCCUGUAUAAUUGUUUAAGCUAUAACCAUGU